GCCAAACAGAUGACAAAGUACCUUGGACUGAAUCACACACAGACAGCAUUUUGAGCAGAACGCACGGCUAAACUCCUGUAAUUACUGUUUAUAGCCGGCCAGGGCUGACUAGGAGAGGGCAAACGCAAGAGGAAAUAAGUUUCCUGAACCUUUGGAGAGAUGGCUGUGUGCUAAUUAAAGGCUAGGACAGGACGGGCACUUCUCAGACGCGCUCCAAGUUCUUGAGAUCCCAGUUCACAUCACGUUUUCUCUGGAGGGAGUGAGUAGAUAAUUGGGAUCUUUUUUUUUUUUUGUCUUUUCUUUCUUUCUUUUUUUUUUUUUUCUUUUUCUUUUCCCAUUUUCGUCCUAUGGCCUUGAACCCACAGUGAAUUGAAGAGAGAAAGAAAUGGAUAUGUCUGACCCCAAUUUUUGGACUGUGCUCUCAAACUUUACUUUGCCUCAUUUGAGGAGUGGGAACAGGCUUCGGCGAACACAAAGUUGCCGAACAAGCAACCGGAAAAGCUUGAUAGGCAAUGGGCAGUCACCAGCGUUGCCUCGACCGCACUCACCUCUCUCUGCUCAUGCAGGAAAUAGCCCGCAAGAUAGUCCACGAAAUUUCUCCCCCAGUGCCUCAGCCCAUUUUUCAUUUGCACGGAGGACUGAUGGACGCCGCUGGUCGCUGGCCUCUCUCCCCUCCUCUGGCUAUGGGACAAACACACCCAGCUCUACGGUCUCUUCAUCCUGUUCCUCCCAGGAGAAGUUGCAUCAGUUGCCAUAUCAACCAACGCCGGAUGAAUUACACUUCUUAUCGAAACAUUUUUGUACCACUGAAAGCAUCGCCACUGAGAACAGAUGCAGGAACACACCCAUGCGCCCCCGUUCCCGAAGUCUGAGCCCUGGACGUUCUCCCGCCUGCUGUGACCAUGAAAUAAUUAUGAUGAACCAUGUCUACAAAGAAAGGUUCCCAAAGGCUACAGCUCAGAUGGAAGAACGUCUAAAAGAAAUUAUCACCAGCUACUCUCCUGACAAUGUUCUUCCCCUAGCAGAUGGGGUGCUUAGUUUCACUCACCAUCAGAUUAUUGAACUGGCUCGAGAUUGCUUGGAUAAAUCCCACCAGGGUCUCAUCACCUCUCGAUACUUCCUUGAAUUACAGCACAAAUUAGAUAAAUUGCUACAGGAGGCUCAUGAUCGUUCAGAAAGUGGAGAGUUGGCAUUUAUUAAACAGCUAGUCCGAAAGAUCCUAAUUGUUAUUGCCCGCCCUGCUCGGUUAUUGGAGUGCCUGGAAUUUGAUCCUGAAGAAUUUUACUACCUGUUGGAAGCAGCAGAAGGCCAUGCAAAAGAAGGACAGGGUAUUAAAACUGACAUUCCCAGGUACAUCAUUAGCCAACUGGGACUCAAUAAGGAUCCUCUGGAAGAAAUGGCUCAGUUAGGAAACUAUGAUAGUGGGACAGCAGAAACACCAGAAACGGAUGAGUCAGUUAGUAGUUCUAAUGCUUCCCUGAAACUUCGAAGGAAACCUCGGGAAAGUGAUUUUGAAACGAUUAAAUUGAUCAGCAAUGGAGCCUAUGGGGCAGUCUACUUUGUUCGGCAUAAGGAAUCCCGGCAGAGGUUUGCCAUGAAGAAGAUCAAUAAGCAGAACCUCAUCCUGAGAAACCAGAUCCAGCAGGCCUUUGUGGAACGGGACAUCCUGACUUUUGCAGAAAACCCCUUUGUUGUCAGCAUGUAUUGCUCCUUUGAAACAAGGCGCCACUUGUGCAUGGUCAUGGAAUAUGUGGAAGGAGGGGAUUGUGCUACCUUAAUGAAAAACAUGGGUCCUCUCCCUGUGGAUAUGGCCAGGAUGUACUUUGCUGAGACAGUCUUGGCCUUGGAAUAUCUGCAUAAUUAUGGAAUUGUACACAGGGAUUUGAAACCAGACAACUUGUUGGUCACCUCCAUGGGGCACAUAAAGCUGACAGAUUUUGGACUAUCUAAAGUGGGACUAAUGAGCAUGACUACUAAUCUUUAUGAGGGUCAUAUUGAGAAGGAUGCUCGUGAGUUCCUGGAUAAACAGGUCUGUGGCACACCUGAAUACAUUGCACCAGAAGUGAUUCUGAGGCAAGGCUACGGGAAGCCAGUGGACUGGUGGGCCAUGGGGAUUAUCCUCUAUGAAUUUCUGGUUGGAUGUGUGCCAUUCUUUGGGGAUACUCCAGAAGAGCUAUUUGGACAAGUCAUCAGUGAUGAGAUCAACUGGCCUGAAAAGGAUGAGGCCCCCCCACCUGACGCCCAGGAUCUGAUUACCUUGCUUCUCAGGCAGAAUCCCCUGGAGAGACUGGGAACAGGUGGUGCGUAUGAAGUCAAACAGCAUCGCUUCUUCCGUUCGUUAGACUGGAACAGUUUGCUGAGACAGAAGGCAGAAUUCAUUCCCCAACUGGAAUCUGAGGAUGACACCAGUUAUUUUGAUACAAGGUCAGAGAAGUAUCAUCAUAUGGAAACGGAGGAAGAAGAUGACACAAAUGAUGAAGACUUCAAUGUGGAAAUAAGGCAGUUUUCGUCUUGUUCACAUAGAUUUUCAAAAGUUUUCAGCAGUAUAGAUCGAAUAACUCAGAAUUCAGGAGAAGAAAAGGAAGACUCAGGAGACAAAACCAAAAGCACAACCUUGCCAUCCGCGGAAACGUUAAGCUGGAGUUCGGAAUAUUCUGAAAUGCAACAGUUGUCAACAUCCAACUCUUCAGACACUGAAAGCAACAGACGUAAACUCAGCUCUGGCCUGCUUCCCAAACUGGCUAUUUCAACAGAGGGAGAACAAGAGGAAGCUGCCCCCUGCCCUGGAGACCCCCGUGAGGAGCCGGAAAAGCCAGCCCUUCCUCCUGAAGAGUGUGGGCAGGAGGAGCCCGAGGUCACCACCCCCGCCAGCACCAUCAGCAGCUCCACCCUGUCAGUUGGCAGUUUUUCAGAGCACUUGGAUCAGAUAAAUGGACGGAGCGAGUGUGUGGACAGUACAGAUAAUUCCUCAAAGCCAUCCAGUGACCCCGCCUCUCACAUGGCUCGGCAGCGAUUAGAAAGCACAGAAAAAAAGAAACUCUCGGGGAAAGUCACAAAGUCCCUCUCUGCCAGUGCUCUGUCCCUCGUGAUCCCAGGAGAUAUGUUUGCCGUCUCCCCACUGGGAAGUCCCAUGUCUCCCCAUUCCCUGUCCUCGGACCCUUCUUCUUCGCGAGAUUCCUCUCCCAGCCGAGACUCUUCAGCAGCUUCUGCCAGUCCACACCAGCCCGUCGUGAUCCACAGUUCGGGGAAGAACUAUGGCUUCACCAUCAGAGCCAUCCGGGUAUACGUGGGAGACAGUGACAUCUACACAGUGCACCAUAUCGUUUGGAAUGUAGAAGAAGGAAGUCCAGCAUGCCAGGCGGGACUGAAGGCUGGGGAUCUGAUCACGCACAUCAACGGAGAACCGGUGCACGGGCUUGUCCACACGGAAGUCAUAGAGCUCCUGCUGAAGAGUGGAAAUAAGGUGUCAAUCACUACUACUCCUUUUGAAAACACAUCAAUCAAAACAGGACCAGCGAGGAGAAACAGCUAUAAGAGCCGGAUGGUGAGGCGGAGCAAGAAAUCUAAGAAGAAAGAAAGUCUAGAAAGGAGGAGAUCUCUUUUCAAAAAACUAGCCAAGCAGCCUUCUCCGUUACUCCACACCAGCCGGAGUUUCUCCUGCCUGAACCGAUCGCUGUCGUCAGGAGAGAGCCUGCCAGGGUCCCCCACGCACAGCGUGUCCCCCAGGUCUCCCACGCCGAGCUAUCGCUCCCCCUCCGACUUCCCAUCCGGUACUAAUUCCUCCCAGAGCAGCUCCCCAAGUUCUAGUGCCCCCAACUCCCCAGCGGGGUCAGGGCACAUCCGGCCCAGCACCCUCCACGGCCUGGCCCCCAAGCUCGGCGGGCAGCGGUACCGCUCCGGAAGGCGGAAGUCGGCUGGCAACAUCCCGCUGUCCCCGCUGGCCCGGACACCGUCUCCAACCCCCCAGCCUACCUCCCCUCAGCGUUCCCCAUCCCCUCUUUUGGGACACCCCCUCGGCAAUUCCAAGAUCACACAGGCCUUUCCCAGCAAGAUGCACUCCCCUCCCACCAUCGUCAGGCACAUCGUGAGGCCCAAGAGCGCGGAGCCCCCGCGGUCCCCGCUGCUCAAGCGCGUGCAGUCGGAGGAGAAGCUGUCGCCCUCCUACAGCAGCGACAAGAAGCACCUGUGCUCCCGCAAGCACAGCCUGGAGGUGACCCAGGAGGAGGUGCAGCGGGAGCAGUCCCAGCGGGAGGCGACGCUGCAGAGCCUGGAGGAGAACGUGUGCGACCCGCCGCCCCUGAGCCGCGCCCGGCCGGUGGAGCAAGGCUGCCUGAAACGCCCGGUCUCGCGGAAGCUGGGCCGGCAGGAGUCUGCGGACGAGCUGGACCGGGACAAGCUGAAGGCCAAGGUGGUGGUGAAGAAACCCGACGGAUUCCCCGACAAACAGGAAUCCCGCCAGAAAUCCCACGGACUGGGGAGCGAUUUGGAAAACCUUGCUAUCUUUAAGCUAGAAGAGAGAGAGAAGAAAAUCUAUCCGAAGGCCUUAGAGAGGUCACAUCAUUUUGAAAGCAAGGCGGCCGCGCAGGAGCCCCAGUCGCUGGGCAGCCUGCUGAAGGACGCGCUUCACAAGCAGGCCAGCGCGCGCGCCAGCGAGGGCGCCGCUUCCGAAGUGGCGGUGGCCGGCCCUGGCCUGGCACCCGGGGAGCACAGCCAGGGCGCCGGGGACGUCAAACGGGCCUCCGCUCCCGGCACUCUGCAGGACGGUCUCUGUCACUCUGUCGACAGGUGCCCCGCCGGGAAGGGCGAAAGCACGGAGAAGGCCAAGGACCUUCUGCGAUGUGAGAAGUUAGACAGCAAGCUGGCCAAUAUCGAUUACCUCCGAAGGAAGAUGUCACUUGAAGACAAAGACGACAGCCUCUGCCCCGUGGUGAAACCCAAGAUGACAGCUAGUCCCCACGAAUGCCUACCAGGGAACCCAGUCCGGCCCAUGGGUGGGCAGCAGGAGCCCCCUCCAGCCUCUGAGAGCCGAGCCUUUAUCAGCAGCCCCCACGCAGCUCAGAUCAGUGCCGUCUCUUUUGUUCCCCUCAAGGGCUUAGCUGGCCGGGUGGACAGUGGAGCAGAGAAGCCAGGCUUGGUUGCUCCCGAGUCCCCUGUCAGGAAAAGCCCCUCCGAGUAUAAGCUGGAAGGCAGGUCUGUUUCAUGCCUGAAGCCCAUUGAGGGCACUUUAGACAUUGCUCUCCUGUCUGGACCCCAGGCCUCCAAGACAGAGCUGCCUUCACCAGAGUCUGCCCAGAGCCCCAGCCCAGGUGGUGACGUGGGGCCUUCUGUGCCACCAGCUCUCCCUGGCAGCAGCAAGAAAAGGGGAGAAACUACCAAUCCAAGAGAGCCUUCUCCUGCCGGCUUAAAGAUGAAUAAAUCCCAUCUGCUUGAGCCUCGGUUCCUGCCCCCAAGCCGGGGUCUCCAGAAUUCACCAGCAGCUCCCCUGCCUGACCCAGAAGUAAAGCGGGACAAGAAGGUUUCCCAUCCUGCUGCCAGGAGCCCGCUGACAGUCAUGGGUAAUGAUCCCCAAUGGAGAGAGAGUGGUCCCCCAAAACACCAAGACCACACCACCGACACCAAGCUCCUCCCCUGCCUGGGGCAGAGCCUCCAGCGUGCUGACCCGGCCAGGCCACAUGGCCCACUCCCACCCGAAGGUACCUCCUCCAAGGAGAAGCCAGGCCUGAGGGAGUCGUCUGAAAGGGGCCCUUCCACAGCCAGAAGCGAGUGGUCUGCUGCAAGGGCUGAUGUAUGCAGAGACCCCUCCGUGGAGCCAUACCUGCCAGAAACUGCUAAAAGCAGUGACAACCCCAGAAAUCUCCCCUCAGUGGGAAGGACCCACCUGGAUUUCUACACGCAGCCGCAGGCCAAGGAGAAAGCAUUGGGGCCUUGUGAGAAAACAAGCCACAGAGAUGGCCGGGAUGAGGUGAGGCCCCUGGCCAGAGAGGAGUCUUUACACUCAGCUGGGCUUCCCUGUGAGAAGCAGCUGGGCAAGGGGAGAAGUGGCAUAGAACCCAAGCCUGAAGCCCCUCCUGCCAGGCCGUCUCUGCAGCCACCUGGAGUUGACAGUGGGAAAAGCGAAAAGCUCUCCAGUUUCCCAUCUUUGCAGAAAGAUGGUCCCAAGGACCCGGAAAGGAAAGAACCACCUCUGCAAAGGCAUCUCAGCAGUAGCCCUCAGCCCCCGCCGACCACCAAAGAACAGCCCAGCCUGGUCUCCUGGCAGCAUUGCAGUUCCCCGAGCCACACUUGCAGCAGAGAGCCGGGGACCAAGUCCAGUGCUGCAGAACCCAGCCCCGGCCCCCCAGAGCCUCCCAAGCCUGCUGCUUUGCCCAGCGAAAGCAGCAGCCACAAGCCCCGGCUGGGCCCUGACCCAGCCCCUCCCAAGUCUAAGCAUGCAGACAAGUCUCUCUCCUCACAGAAACCAAGCAUCGGGGCUGCGAAGGGCAAAGAACCUGUCACUCAGCCGCUCGGUGGCUCUAGCCGAGAGGGGAAGGGCAGUGGUAAGAGUGGGUUGGAUGCGUUCCCUGUCAUCCCAGGCUCCCAGAACAAAGCCAGCGAUGCGAUUGGCCAGGGUGAAAGUAGGCCCUCUGUCCCGCUGCACACUGAAGGGGGUCCUCCAGACACCACACUGAAACCCACCAGUGGUGGGCAUCCACCCGGGAUACUGGAGAAGCCCUUGCAUUUGCCAAGGCAGGGACCCCCAGGGAUUAGUGACUCAGUGGAGCAGAAACUUUCCACCGUCAGUGAAACACAAAACCUAUGUCCAAAGCACCCCAAACCAUCCACUGUGAAAGACUGCCCCCCUCUGUGCAGACUGACAGACAAAAGCCCAAGUCAGCAGGCCCCCACCACUGACAGGAAGUAUGAAGGGAACAAAUGCACAGAAGCACUUUAUGUCCCAGCCGACAGCGAGUGCAGCCCUUCCCGCGUGCCCGGGGAGACCCGGCUGGACGGCGCGGAGAGGCCAGCCGCGGCGGCGGGGAAGGGCCUCUGUCCCCAGAAACCACUGCCUGAGGCAGGCAAGCCCAGCAGCAUGAAACGGUCACCCUCGGCCACGGGGCAGAGUUCUCUGCGAUCAGCCGCCCUCCUGGAAAAGUCUCUGAGCUAUUCGUGCAGCUUUCCUGAAGCCAGGCCAGCAGUCGGAGAGGCCUUUACAACCAACGGCGACACCUCUGCUGCCAAGGCCACUGGGGGCACGGUUGAGCCCCCAGCCCCCAGCAAUAGGGACCAUAGGAAGUGUCUGUCAGGGGGCGACGGCAGAACCCAAAUGACAAAGAGCGACUCUUUGCCGUCCUUCCGGAUCUCCACCACCACCAGUCCGGAGUCGCACCCCCCUGACCCAGACGGGCCGGGCGGCGCCAGCCAGCGGGACAGGGCGCUGUCUGCAGCCGCCGCAGAAGCCAAAGGGAAGGAGCCUGCCCCGGCGAGGAAGCAGAACGCGGGCCGCGAAGUGACCAAGCCCUCGCCGGCCCCGAACCCUGACCGCCCCGUCGCCCUUCCUUCGGAGAAGGACUUCGUGGUGCGGCAGAGGCGGGGGAAAGAGAGUUUGCGCGGCAGCCCUCACAAAAAGGCCUCCUAACGGGGCCGGCCUGAAUGUGUGACUGUCUUGACGACCUUUCGAAACCAGCACUGUGUGGCAACGUCCGCCAGGCGGAGCGCGGAGCCUCGUUGAGGAAGGAGAGAGAGAGAGAGAGAGAAAGAGGGGACCUUCUUCCAGAUGCCUUCCCAGUUGUAACCAGUUAAAACUGUUACCAGAUAGUGUUUGUACGGGGGGAGAAAAAAAACACACCUUUACAGUUGAGGGUUGUUGAGGAAAAAGAUUUUCUCUGUAAAUAAAUAGCAACGUGUUUGGUUUGGGAUGUGGAGUCUAUACCUUGCUGCUGAUUGCGUCGUUUACUACAGCUUUUUAUUUUUUUUAAAUAAGAUUUUUGCUUUACCGUUUACCAUAAUGUAAUAGUGAAGCAAAACGGUCAAAACUGGGUGUAUGUAAAAAUAUAGAUACACUCCUAUUCGUGUAUAUACACAUCCACCCACAUAUUUUGGUCUGUGGUUUAAGAGACUAUUUCAAGGUUCCAUUUUUAUAAGCUAAAACACUCUAAGUGAAGUUAAAGAUGGAAGAAAGCCCUAAAUACAGUAGAUUGUGAGUUUUUAUGUGUAUUUUUAACCAGAGUUUCUGAUAGUACCCUAUCUGGCUUACCUAUGUUUCCAGAUCUAAAGCAAGAACUCCUCUAGUCACUGCAUUUGGAGUCAUUCUCUGUUAGGACAGGCCGGGACAGGCGGAGCUCGCCGUUUCCAUUUCACAGUCGUCCUCAUGGACAUUCUGAUGCUGGGUCCAACUGUCUGAAAGGCCAGUCCUUGUCUGUGGAUGCAUAUGUCUGGUCUUCACCUGAAGUAGAGCAGGGACUAUAAACACACAUCAGCGCUAUUUCUGUUCUUUUCCUUUCCCUUCUUUUCAAGCUGUUAAACUCAGGCCUUUAUGCUGUGAGUGAGUAGUCCAAGAAGCACACAUUUUGUAGAAGUCCAGAACCAGCCCUGCUCUUGAAUUAAAAGGAAAAUUGCUGACUGCACACAAAUCUGCUAGUACUUAGGUCAAGUAAUAAGCAUCGGGCGUUGGAAGAGGUUUUAAAUUUGCUUUUGUGAGGAAAAGAACAGGGGCGGGGGGAUUUUGGCAUCAUAGCAUAUAUAUUAAGGAAUAAUCAGGACAUCAGAUACAUUUUAAUACAUAGCUGGGGCCUUAUGUUGUAGAUGAAGCUUGCUGUUUUUAGCAAGUUCCUGGGUUUCACAUUCAUUUCUGAUGCAUCGAGUAGCUCCAUACAUUUCAUAACAUGAUCUCUUUAUUUGUAUGCAAAAAAAAAGUAUUAAUAAAGAGCAGCAUUUUUGUAACAGAGACUUGGAGCUAUUUGGUGCUUGAAUGUGACCAUCCUUUUUACUUUUGCUAAGCCUUAUUUAAAUUUUGUAUACUGUGGAAUAUGUAGAAUUUGUCAAAUCAUUUUAGUGCUGAAGGUUUCUGAUUUUGGGGUUUCUUUUUUUUGUUGCAGAUUUUUUUUUUUUGGUGGCUUGUUUUGUAUUGUAAUAUGGCACUUGCUGGCGUAAGUACUAAGGCACUAAGAGAAAAUACAGAUAGGUAUUCAUUAGAUGCAUGGGAAUCAUAGCAGGAAUUUUUUAUUUCGUUUUUUAAGAGAAAAAAUUACCAACAAAUAACUAAUUCAGCACCCAGUUCCCUCGGGAAUGUCUUAGUAUCUUCAGGCUAUAAAAUUGUUUAUCUAAGCACAGCAUAAUAAACAGCCCUGUGGAUUGUAAAUCUUCUAGGGAGGCUAUAAACUCCACCUCGAAAACAAAAGCAUAACUUAACCAACUACUCAGUUGUCCUUCAUUGUAAAAUGAGUUGGUAAUGGGAAAAAACAAACAAACAAAAAGUCUCUUCUUUGUCCCUAAUUUUCUUCCAUGUGGUUUCAACCAUUCCACAUCACUACCUUGUGAAACUAUGGAAGAAACACAUAUUUUACAAGUACUUAAAUGGGUUUCAGAAGUGUUCUCAGCAUUUAUAAUACAUGUCUGUGUUUGGCAGUUGUCAUAAUCCAAUCUUUCUACAUUCAGACAUUGAGACAGGUCUAUCGGGGAAAUAGAUCAUGGUUUACAGCCUUUUUUUUUUUUAACUGUCCAGUUUCCUUUAAAGCACAACUAGCUGUUUACAAAUGAUAUUUUUAUGUAUAUUUUGUAUAGUGUGUUAUCAUUUUUGCCAAAUAUGUUUUUCAUUAUGGAUGAGUAAAGAGUACUUAAGGUUGCAUUCAUGUAAUACCUGUUGUUGUAAACCUCUCCAAUCAGCUGGUAGAAAUUCUCCUAGUUGUGUUCUGUUUGGUCAGUCUCUAUGUGAUUGUAAGAUGUGCUCCUUGGUAGUACUCCCAGCUGUAGAUUUACCAGCUUAAAAGUUUGUUAGGAUCUGUGCAAUAAAGUGUUUGCAGUCUUAUUUUCUCUAAGAAAUUCCUUAUGGAUGUCAUAAUUGUUGUAUAUUGAACAAAAUAUUUAUACUUAUGCGGUUGCAUAACAUUGAAAUAAAAACUUAGCAUGAAA